CAGUCUGCAGCUAUCAUCAACCUCAACCACUGCCGCCUUCCCACAAGCGUUUUUGCUAAUUAUGGCGCUUGCAGAGGCCUUGUCUGUAUGGGACCUCCCUACAACAUCCUUAGAUGGAGCGCGGCGGUAUCAGCAAGUAGGCACGGCGCAGGACAUCGCACGAGCGUACAUCUUCCCCCAGGACAUCCGCGGCGCAGGCAAGAGCAAGGUCGACACGAAAGAGGUAGUAGCUGCGUUCACCGUGCUUCGCGCCUCUGGGUGCCUGUACCAGUUGCACAUCGACUUCAUUGACGCCGUGGAGACGAACUUUCGCUAUGUCCAGGACGACAUGGCACGGUACUGGGUUGCCAUUGAGCAAACAAUUGCCGUUGAAGCACACGACCAGACACAGUCGGUCAUGACCGAGCUGUUCUCGAGAAUCGCGACGUGGCAGAGAAGAUGGGCCAGACCAUUGCACAUGUUUGAAGACGACAGCAUCUUGCGGCAGUUCAACUCUCAGUUCCACAGACUACUGUACGCCGCCUUUCCCUCCUCCUUCCAGGACUGCCUUUUCCACUAUCUCUCGUACUCCCUCGAGGCCGCUGGCGCCCGUGAUGACGAUGGCGGUGGCAAGCAUACCUACCCUUCACAGCACCUCCUUGGCCUCAACGUCGUGCACAGAUACGCGACGACGCUCAUGCGCGUAGCGUUCGAUGAGAUCGAGAGGAUUACCUCCGAGGAGGCGGCGGAGGGCCUGACAGAACGACGUUUGACGCGGGCACGGCAACGCGUAUCAUCUAGUCUAAGUCACUGGAUGUCGGCGAUAUUCCAAGGCAAUGAAGCGCUUCUGCGCUCCAUCUACUCACGAUUUGAUUACCAUUUGUGUAAAUCAUUCUUUGACAUACGAACCAACGAGCUCUUUGACAUCAUCGUUGACUUUCCCGACUCUAUGGCAGCGCUCGAAGAUCUCAAAGACUGCCUGUUCAAAAUUGACCAGCGAGAUCAGAUCGUGGAGAAGUUGUGUGCGGCCAAUGUCAAGCGUCUCCUCCACCCUGGCGCAGAAACCAAGGAUGUUAUAUCGCAAUAUAUCAGCACGAUACGCUGCCUGCGCAUCAUCGACCCCGUUGGCGUCUUGUUGCACAAGGUUGCAGAACCCAUUCGUCGUCACCUGCGCGAUCGCCCGGAUACAAUUCGCUGCAUUGUGACAUCUCUUAUAGAGGGCGAGGAACUACAGGACGAGAAUGACCCCUCAUCCGUCGCGCCAUGGGCCGCUAGCAACGACAACACCGUGGAAGACUUCUCUGACCCCAAGUGGGAACCAGAACCCAACGACGCUGCGCCAGAGUUCCGAACCGGUCGCAACUCAGACAUUGUCGGCACACUAGUCAGCAUUUACGAGACGCGCGAGGCAAUUGUCACAGAAUUGCAGAACUACCUCGCUCAACGACUGCUGGUCGUUGAGGAUUACGAUGCAGUGAAGGAGGUCCGUACGAUAGAGCUACUAAAGGUUCGCUUUGGCGAGGAAGCCCUGCACGUCUGCGAUGUCAUGCUCAAGGACAUGAGCGAUUCGAAGCGCAUCAACGACCAUAUCCACGGGGAGAUUCAGACCGUCGUCAACCCUCUGAUUAUCUCGCGGAUGUUUUGGCCCGAAAUCGCGCCAUCAUCUUUGCGCCUCACGCCGAAACUGGUGGCGGCCGAGCAGAGGUUCGAGGCCGCGUUCCACCACUUCAAACCUGAUAAACACCUGCGAUGGCUGCAAGAACAAGGAUCGGCGACAAUCACAAUUGAGUUGGAGGACAGGACGAUUACAGUGGACGUCACCCCAUUGCAAGCUGCUGUCGCUGAGCUGUUUGAGUCUCAGGAAACCUGGACUGAGGAUGGUCUCGCUAAGAAGCUUGGGGUUGAGGUCGUUCUCGUUCGCGGCGCUUUGGCGGUGUGGGCUGGGCAUGGCUUGGUCAAGAAUGAGGACGACGGAUCAUGGCGUGUCCUUGAGGUUCUGGAAUCGGGUGGCGAUCAACGUGUGCCUGUCGCCGAGACGCGCUCCGCAUUCCAGAAUACCGACACGGCGAGUUUCCGGGAGAAGGGUAACAUGAUACUGGGAUAUAUCCGCGGCAUUCUCGCCGACCUCGGUCCUCAGAGUGUGCCUUCGCUGCACCGCACGCUCUCUCAUACCAAGGCGUAUGACAUGACGAUGGCCGAGCUCGCGCAUUUGAUGGCGGCGGCCAAGGGGGCGGGGCGCUUGACAGAGCGCCGUGAUGGCAAGUGGGUUUUACCCGAGUGAUGGAUAAACGGCAGUUUACUGGGGUUUCUCCAGCAACUGAUAGCAGCUGGAGCGGGUUGCCGGCGGAAUGGUGAAAGCUGGAUUGGUUGGGGUAGAAGUUUAUGCAUCAGUCGGAGUGACAAAG